UGAAACAAGCAAUCCUUUAGUGAAAUUUACUUGCCGUGAAGAAAACGUAAAACAUGAGCGAAGGCGAACAGAGUGAAGAUGGUCAGGUCAUGAGUGGUGUCGAGCUGAGCCCAUCGGACGAAGAGGAGACGAACGAUUCGCUGGACAUUAAACCGCCGCAAGCGAGCAGUACCUACUACGCUAGCAGCAAGCGGAAGGAGAAGAAAGCUCCCAAGGACCGUAAACAUUCCACCAAGGAGCAGCAGCGAUAUCACCGGCACCAGCGCAUGAUGCUGGACCGCGAGCGGGAGCGGGACCGAGAUCGUGACCGAGACCGCGGUGAGGGGCGGUCAGUCGAUAAAGGAAGCAGCCGGAUGGAUCGGGAUCACUACCGCGACCAUUACUCCCAGAGUGCGCGGGAUCAGCAUCGGUCCGCACAAGGCACGUCAUCGUCCCGUACCGGAAGCGGGAGCAGCGGUCGCAGCAGAAGUGCACGAGGAGCAGGGGGAAGCGAUGGAGGCGCAAGGGAAGGCAGCGCACGCGAAAGGCAUCACACCUCGCAGUACGAGCUGAAUCCUUUCUAUGGUGAAAUGCGCGAAACGUACGACAGCAAGUUGGACCGGGAACGGUUGCGGGAACGUGAGCGGGAGCAUCGUAGCGGCGAUCGGGGCGAUCGUGGCGAGCGUGACCGAGAUCGCGAACGCGAGUACUACGAAAAGCAGCGCCGUACGGUGCCGAAGGAUACGAAAAUCACCGACUCCGAGCAAGAUUUGCGGAUGCGUUUGCUGCACCGCAAGCAUCGCUACGAAUCCAUGCACCAGCGUGGGGGAAUGCUACAGGAGCGGGAAAGAGAAAUGCCCCAAGCGGAUGCGGAAAUGCUCCAGCAGGAGGAAGCCGAAUACUAUCACGAGAAGCGCGAACGGCGUCGAGAGCAACAGCAACAACAGUAUCAGCAGUCACGGCGACAUCGUGAGGAAGAAGCUAGCGGUGGUGGCAGGGAUGGCCGAGCCGAUCGGACACGCAAUCGCGACCGAGGGGAAGAGGUGGUGGAAAUCGUGGAAAGCCCGGAUCGGCACCAUCACAUUCCGAAGGUGGCACAAACGGCGGAAGAACGGGAGCAAGAGGUACGUCGGGCCAAACUGCUGGAGGCCGACCGGGAAAUGUUGCGCAGGAAGGAGCUGGCAAGGGAGGAGCUUGAGGCACGUCGGUUGCGCAAGGAAGAGGAACGGAAGGAUGGUCGCUCGGAGACUAACACAGAUGAAUCCGACGACGGACGGAUGACACUGGAAGAUGACGAGCAGGAGGAUGAGAUUGAAGAGGAGGAAGAGGACGAGGAUGAGGAGGAGGAGGAGGACGAUGUUGAGAUGGUCAGUGACGUGGAGCAGGAAGGUGGAAACCGUAAGAAGAUUAGAAGCAAACAGCAAGGAGAAAGUAGGCGUCGAAAACACGGACAUCCGCGUGGCCGUCGUGUAGACCGAGCUGAAACUAAUUCAGAUACAAGCAGUUCCCUAGAUUCUGCGGAGUCCGAUGGGGAACGGUCCGGUCAGCGAGACGACGAAGAGAACCCUCCCGGAAGUCCCCUGUCCGUGGGAGAUCUGGUAAAAUCCGAUCGACGACAUCGGAAAAGUAAUUCUGGUUCGAUGCGUUCACGCCGCUCGCACUCACAAACACGCUCCGGAUCGGGUUCGGACUCGGAAGAGUUCCGCAGCCGCUCGAGAAGCCCCCGUCGGCGGCAUGAGGAAGUCGACAGUAGCGACAGCUCGAGUGGCAGCGGUCAUCACAGCAGAUCGCGGGAUACCGCACGACGGAACCAACGGGGUGGGGAUGGCGCCGAUGAAGAUGGUGCCGGCAAACAGCCGGCGGUUGCGGGCGGCGCCGAUGGUGUUAAGUCACCGAAAGAUCCGAAAGCGGACGACAAACCGGUGGCUGUGGUCGAACCGAAGGAAACACUCCCCCCGUACUAUCCCGGCAUUCAGGGUUGCCGUUCGGUGGAAGAGUUUCUUUGUCUCAACCGCAUCGAGGAGGGCACGUAUGGUGUCGUGUACCGGGCGAAGGACAAGCGGACGGAGGAAAUUGUGGCCCUCAAGCGGCUCAAGAUGGAGAAGGAAAAGGAAGGCUUCCCGAUCACGUCGCUCCGGGAGAUCAACACACUGCUCAAGGGUCAGCACCCGAACAUUGUGACCGUGCGCGAGAUUGUGGUCGGCAGCAACAUGGACAAAAUCUUCAUCGUUAUGGACUACGUCGAGCACGACCUCAAAUCGCUGAUGGAAACGAUGAAGCACAAGAAGCAGGUGUUUCUGCCGGGCGAAGUGAAGUGCCUGACGCAGCAGCUGCUGCGGGCCGUGGCACACCUGCACGACAACUGGAUCCUCCACCGGGAUCUGAAAACCUCCAAUCUGCUGCUCUCGCACAAGGGCAUCCUGAAGGUGGGUGAUUUUGGGCUGGCGCGCGAGUACGGUUCCCCCCUCAAGCCGUACACCUCGAUCGUGGUGACGCUCUGGUACCGGGCGCCCGAGCUGCUGCUCUGCUGCAAGGAGUACUCGACCCCGAUCGACAUCUGGUCGGUCGGGUGCAUCUUUGCCGAGUUUCUCUCGAUGGCGGCCCUCUUUCCGGGCAAGACGGAGAUCGAUCAGCUGAAUCGUAUCUUCAAGGAUCUCGGUACGCCGAACGAAAAGAUCUGGCCCGGCUACGGGGAGCUGCCGGCCGUGCAGAAGAUGACCUUCACCGAGUACCCGGUGUCGAACCUGCGCAAGAAGUUUGCCCACCUCACCAGCGAGCUCGGCGUGUCCCUGCUGCAGGGUUUGCUGACGUUCGAUCCGAAGCAGCGACUGACGGCCGAGGCGGCCCUCCAGCAUCACUACUUCAAGGAGCUACCGCUGCCGAUCGAUCCAGCCAUGUUUCCGACCUGGCCCGCAAAGAGCGAGCUCGGGCUGAAGAAGGCACUCGCGUCCAGCCCGAAGCCACCGAGCGGUGGUGGGGAGUUUAAGAAACUGGGUGACGACGCGGUUACGGAUAACGCCGGUUUUCACCUCGGUGGACCAACGUACGCGGAAUCGCGGCAGCUCGCGAUGGGACCCGGAUUCAGCCUCAAGUUCUGAGGGCACGAGAUGUCAUCCGGGUUCGGGUUGAAGUAGUUAACACUCCUUCCAACGAACGCGGUUGACCGGACUGAGCGGACGUCAUCGAUGUAAACGCAUGGUGAAGCAGUAUGAAAAUGAACAGUUGAACACUUCGUAACGUGCUAGCAAUGCAUUCAAUAUUAAGAAUAAUGGAAACCAGGUAACCGUACAUAUUUCAAUAUUGUUGACGAAUUGGUACAAAUAAAAAAUGCAAAUAUUUAACUUCAAUCCUCUUAUUUUAGAUUUCCUUUGGUGCUAGGGGGGUGAGCAUUACUAUUUUUUUUUAUUUCAAACGAAAGACAGUUCAAUCUAUUAAGCCAUUUCAACAAAAAUUUUGGGUUUGAGAAAAUCCCAGGCAGGUUUUUAGUUGUAAGCAGAAAGAACACACUUUGGAGCAUCGUUUUGCGAUAAUUUGCUUUCCAUUUCCAUGCCGGAUUGCGAGAGAAAAUCUUAUCAUUAUAAACCACUAGGGGUCAAACUAAUUGAAGCAAACGGAUCGAGUUAAAAUUUUAA